AUGGGCAGGACAACCUUCGACUCUUUCUGGAACACCUCAACGGGCUUCACAGCAGCAUCCGUGUUUACCAUGGAACAGGAACGCAGUACUUCCCAUCACAUCCAGAGUUUUCUCCACAAGCACGGUAUUCGAGUUUUCCACACAGCCCCACUGCAGACGUUGCACAACCUGCUCACCUCGCACAAGGACCAGCGGCAGAACCCCCAUCGUAGACCAGGGGUGUACAGAAUUCCUUGCCAAUGUGGCAAAGUGUACAUCGGCGAGACGGGCAGGGAUCUUCCUACCCUACUCAACGAGCACAAAGCUCAUGGUAGGAAGGGAGAGCUUGAAAAGUCGUCGAUAAUUAAGCACUCCCACACUGAAGAUCAUCAGAUCAACUGGAGUCAAGCUGAACUCAUCACCAGCAUCGGACGAUGGUAUCCCCGCCGCAUCGAGAAGCCAUGGAAAUCAUCAAGCAUGACACAGUUCCCAAAGACAUCGGCUUCAGCAUCAGCAAUAUCUGGCACCCCGUCCUCACAGCCCAGUUCAAUGGGUCUCCUAUACCCUAGGACUCCCCAAUACAGACUGAGACCCCGCGUUCUACGAGAUGUCUCUCACCGUGACAUGCGUACCACCUUGCUGGGUCAAGAGAUUGCUUUCCCGGUAGCCGUGGCACCUACAGCGGCGCAUUGCUUUGCUCACAUCGAGGGGGAACUGGCCACUGCUAGAGCUGCCAAGGCUACAGGAACAGGAAUGGUGCUAAGUUCUGGCACCACCUCGACAAUGGAAGAUGUGGCUGCAGCGUCGUCACCAAACGGACUGCUCUGGGUACAGCUUCAAAUAUUUCGAGACUUUGAUAUCGUCCGUUCGAUCAUUAUGAAGGCGGAAAAACUUGGAUACCGAGCACUAGUUGUGACCAUAGAUUGUUCAGUGCCCCGCAGAACAAGUCGGAGGUCGCUUAAGCUUCCACCGGGGAAAGGGCUAGCUCAUUUUCCUGGGGUCGAUAUGUCAAGUUUUGGAGCAAAUAUUACCAACGACAGUGUAACCUGGAAGGACAUAGACUUGUUGCACAGCAUCACCUCUCUUCCUGUGGUACUGAAGGGUAUUCUGACAGAAGAAGAUGCUCGGGAGGCCUUGAAGCAUGAUAUUGCCGGGAUUAUCGUCUCCAACCAUGGGGGUCGCAAUUUGGAUGGUACUUUAGCCACGAUCGAUGCACUUGCUGAGGUAGUGGAAGCAGUGCGUGGUUCCAAUAUCGAGGUGUAUCUUGACGGAGGAGUACGGAGAGGCACCGAUGUGUUGAAGGCGCUGGCCCUGGGAGCGAGGGCCGUCUUCAUCGGUCGGCCGGUACUUUGGGGACUCGCCUAUGAUGGAGAAGGAGGAGUAAGGAAGGUUCUUGAGAUGAUCAGAGAUGAGUUCAGUUUGGCAAUGGCACUCUCAGGCUGUCGCAGCGUGGGCGACAUUACACCAGAUCUGGUUGUCAAGCAAACAUCAUUCUCUGCCAACUUGUGAAAGCUUCCUCAACAUACC